AUGGUGGGUGCCAAGGCCGGCCCCAGCCCCGGCACCUCCCUGGGCCUGGCACAACAGCGCAGCGGAGGCAGCAGUGUCCUAGUGAAAAGUCCCUUCUGUCAGGUGUGCUGCUGUGGACCUGCUCCUUGUGCCAGCUGCUGCCACUCUAGGUGGCCCUCUCUCACCGCAUCCACUUGCAGCCGCCUGUUCUACAUCCUCCUCCAUGUGGGGGCCUCAGCAAUCUGCUGCCUCCUGCUGUCAAGGACAGUAGUGGAAAGGGUGUGGGGCAAGACGCACAGGAUCCAGAUGCCCUCGGGGUUGUGUGCCCACCUGUUUGGCCUCUCUGACUGUCCAGUGCUCAGUGGCUCUGGGGCUGUGUACCGAGUAUGUGCAGGAACCGCCACCUUCCACCUGCUGCAGGCUGUGUUGUUGGUCCACCUCCACUCCCCCACCAGCCCGCGGGCACAGCUGCAUAAUAGCUUCUGGCUCCUCAAGCUGCUGUUCCUGUUAGGUCUCUGUGCUCUUGCCUUCUGCAUUCCUGAUGAGCAUCUCUUCCCAGCAUGGCAUUACAUUGGCAUCUGUGGAGGCUUUGCAUUCAUCCUACUGCAGUUGGUGCUUAUUACAGCUUUUGCCCAUUCCUGGAACAAGAACUGGCAGACAGGUGCAGCUCAAGACUGCAGCUGGUUCCUGGCUGUCCUGCUGGCCACCCUAGGAUUCUACAGCAUGGCAGGUGUGGGAGCUGUGCUCCUAUUCCGCUACUAUACACACCCAGCUGGCUGCCUGCUUAACAAGAUGCUCCUCAGUCUGCACCUUUGCUUCUGUGGCCUCAUCUCCUUCCUCUCCAUCGCUCCUUGCAUCCGCCUCAAGCAACCCCGCUCUGGCCUUCUACAAGCUUCUGUCAUCAGCUGCUAUAUCAUGUAUCUGACUUUCUCUGCGCUGUCCAGCCGUCCUCCAGAGAGAGUAAUCCUUCAAGGACAGAAUCACACCCUGUGCCUGCCUGGCCUGAGUAAAAUGGAACCCCAAACACCAGAUAUCUCUCUAGCAAUGCUGAGUGCUAGCAUCAUGUAUGCUUGUGUGCUUUUUGCUUGCAAUGAGGCCUCCUACCUGGCUGAGGUAUUUGGACCCUUGUGGAUUGUCAAGGUUUACAGCUAUGAGUUUCAGAAGCCCUCACUGUGUUUCUGCUGCCCUGAAACAGUGGAGGCAGACGAAGGGCAAAGGGGUGGGGCUGCUAUGCCAGCUGACCAAGAGACCCCUCCAGCUCCUACAGUCCAGGUCCAGCAUCUUUCCUACAACUAUUCUGCCUUCCACUUCGUCUUCUUCCUUGCCUCACUCUAUGUCAUGGUUACCCUUACCAACUGGUUCAGCUAUGAGGGAGCAGAACUGGAAAAGACGUUCAUCAAGGGUAGCUGGGCCACCUUCUGGGUCAAGGUUGCCUCAUGCUGGGCCUGCGUACUCCUCUAUCUGGGGCUGUUACUGGCACCACUCUGUUGGUCCCCCACCCAGAAACCCCAGCCCCUUAUCUUGAGGCACCGCCGCCACCGCAUCACAUCCCGAGAUAACAAAUAUCCUCCAGUCUAACUCCUUUUCA